GAAAGGGAUAUAUAUAUAUAUAUAUUAAUAUAAUAUAAUAUUAUAAAUAUAAAUGAAAGUUGGUAUAAUUGGUUCUGGUAUAAUUGGUCUUUCAACAGGAUUAUUAAUUAAAGAAACAUAUUCAAAUAUAGAAAUAAGUAUACAAUCUGAUAAAAAAAAUGUUAUGGUUACUAGUUAUGGUGCAGCUGGUAUAUUUAGACCAGAUCCUAAAUUAUUACCUGGAUUAAAUGAUAAUGAAAAUCAAUUAAAUGAUUUUAUUCAUUGGUGUAAUAUUGGACGUGAACAAUAUUGGAAAUUAGCAUGUAGUUGGAAUUCAUCUAAUGCUGGUGUAUACUUUCAUCCAACUUAUCAAUUAUCAGAAUAUAAUGAAUUUGAUAUACCAUUUAUAAGUAAAUUAUGUGGGAAAACAAUAUAUUUAGAUGAAGAAGAGAUUCAUUCGAUUGGAUUUGCUAAACAUAUUAAAUCAGCUUAUUAUUAUACAACAUGUAUUGUAGAACCACGUUAUUAUAUGAAUUACUUAUUAAAUCAAAUUAAAAACUUAGUUCCAAAUGAUCAUUCUAUAUAUAAUGAAAGAGAGAAAGCAUUUACUUCUUCAAAUGAAUUAUAUUAUUGGGCUAAAGAACAAAAAAUCAAUAUAAUUAUGAAUUGUACUGGAUUAGGAUCAGGUUAUUUAUUUAAUGAUCCAGAGAUAAAACCAGUGAAAGGUCAAUUAGUACGUGUUUUAGCACCAUGGAUGAAAUUUGGAUUUUAUUUUGGGCGUGAUGAUACAUAUUGUUAUACAGGAAAAGAGAGUGUAAUUCUUGGAGGAUUUCGUGAAUAUUUACCUUCAGUUUUAAGCAGACCUACAACAGAUGAUGAUACAAGAGUAUCACCUGAAUCUACAAAAGAUAUUCUUCAAAGAAUUGAUAAUACUUGGCAUGGAGGAUUAGGAAAAUCACCAAUAGUUGAAGAAUGGACGGGAUUACGACCUUUCAGACCAUCUAUAAGAUUAGAAAUUGAAUGGUAUCAACCUGAAAUUACCUGUGAACCUUUACCAAUUAUACAUAAUUAUGGACAUGGUUCAAUGGGGAUUGCAUUAAGUUGGGGUACUGCAGUAGAUACUGUGAAACUUUUUGAAGAUGUAUUAAAAUCAAGUCGAAAUAUUCAUGCUUGAUUUAGUCAACUUACUGGAUUUUCUAAUUCCAAUUAUUUUUUAUUCAAUUUAUUAUUGUAAACCAUUAAUAUUGUAUAAUACAAGUUGUCUCAACGUCUUA